AUGAAUGUACGACUUAGUAUACUCCGAUAUAUACACGCAUUCCUCAUACCAGAUAGUUCGCUCCACGCAAGGCAGAAAUGGAUUUUGGGCCUUAUCAAUUUAGCCACUGUUGUUAUCUUUUGGGUGCUCUCGAGCUUUCUAGUCAACGCCAUGGUGGAGGAUGAUGAAUAUAGAAAACCAUUUUUUAUUACAUGGACGAACACGAGUUGUUUCAGUUUAUACAUUAUUCCAUACUUGAGACUAAAGAAUAUGUCAUUGAAACAAUUCAUGACAAAAAUGAGAAGAGGUUGGAGAUAUAGUCGAGUUUCAGAUAAACAAAGAGGAGCAAAAGCUGGAACUGGAGCUGGAACCGGUGAGGAAAGCAUUAGCGGGUCUGUUAGAAGUAGCAGUCCAUACGGAUCAGACGAUAACGAAAACAAUAACAUCUCGACGAUGAAUGUGAUUGAAGACGAAGAGAAUGAUGUCGAGUCGAAUUUGAUUAGCGUCAAAUCAAGGCCAUCCACGCUAGACGGUACUUGCAGCGAAGCUUUUGCUAAUGAGGAUUCCACAGAAGAUGGUAUACUUGAUGUGGGUAUAUUUGAGACUUUCCAAUUAUCGCUACUGUUUAUCAUCCUCUGGUUUACAGCAAACUUGGUCACCAACGCAUCACUUUCCUACACUUCAGUGGCAUCACAGACCAUCUUAUCAUCUACAUCGUCAUUCUUUACGCUAAUCAUUGGGUUUUUAAAAUCUGUUGAGAAAGUAAGUCAGAGCAAAGUAUUGGGCAUUUUACUCAGCUUUGCUGGUGUUUUGAUAGUGACCAAGGCUGAUACUACGGCUACUUCCUCCAAUCCCAUAGAUACAAACCCAAACGCAGACCCAAACAAAUCGACAUUGGUCAUCAUAUGGGGCAACUUACUCGCCUUGGCAGGUGCCCUCAUCUACGGCAUUUAUACAAUCCUACUAAAACAAAAAAUCACAAUUCCAAACUCACACAAGGAAAGAAACUUGAAUACACAUUUGUUCUUUGGCUUUGUCGGACUCAUAUGCUUCUUAGGGCUCUGGCCUAUCUUGAUAAUUUUACAUUUCACAGGGGUAGAAGAGUUUGAACUUCCACCAACUUUGUUAAUGACAGAAUUGCUUAUAAUCAAUGCAGGCAUUACAUUUAUAAGUGACUUUUGUUGGUGUAAUGCUGUGCUUUUGACUAGUCCGUUAACAGUGACUGUUGGUCUUUCAAUGACUAUUCCGCUCGCUAUGAUCGGAGAUUGGGUGUUUAAAGGUUUCCAACUAAAUUUAGUAUACAUCUUUGGUGCUGUAAUUGUCACAACUGGCUUUUUGAUUAUUAAUAAAGAAGAAGAGGAUGAUUUUGUUAUAGAUGAACUUUGA